UUAAAGGUCAAUUAUCUUAUGAUCUGGACUUAUAUGCGUUCAACGUAGAAAUUUGUUGCUCAAUCCAGAAUUUAAUUCGUGGUUCUCCAUUUAUGCCAAGUUUGAUCCCGAUAGAGUUACACUUGUUCAAAACAAAUAUGAUGAGCACAGUAAGGAAACUCAUCGUGGCGCCACUUUCUCCAUCAAAUCUAGCCCCUCAGGCUGGGGAGGUGAUUGUUCAGAUCGUGGAAGACACAACCGCCUACACUGGUUCUGUUGUAGAAAAUUCAAGCGUCGAGCUAUGCAUCGAGGAUGACAGGAAAAGUGGAUCUGAUGAUGUCAUGGGUACUAGUGCUUGUGCUAGAGCUCGAGUUGUUGAGUCAACUUACAAGUCCGAGUGCCUAUCAGCACAGUGCCCCGAUGGUGUUCUUCUGAUUGUGACUGAUCAUGUCCCUACAAAUGGUGUUAAUAGAGACAACCAUUGGCGAAACCUCUCUAUCUUGAAGAAAGUUUCCCCAGGCAACAAUGUGAUUUUUUAUGGAUGCACAAAGGAAUUUGAGACGACAACUAUUAAAGUUAUUGCCUUUUGUGGUUCUAAAUGUUUUACGCAAGAGGACAUUGUUUUCCAACCGUUGGUUGCAUGGAGCAGUUUUAUUCAUACUGACGAACAAAGAUUCGCGGUUCUCUCCCUCUUCUCGUCUCUUUUUCUCUUGGAGCUUGAAGAACGCUCGAAGUUCUUCUCUAUCCCGAUACGAUACCGUAUCAGGGAUGAUAGUGUGGUGGCAAUGUGAUAGCAUGACAAGUGACCACACUAUGGUAGUGGAGUGUGGUGGCAGUGCGGUGGUGCACCACCGAUCAACAGUGGGUAACGUUGGGCAGACAAUGUCUAGCACUAAUAAUAAUAAUCAUGAAUAUAUUGGAAUUUUUUACGAGACAAAUGAUAGAAGAAGUUAAGGCAUGAGAUAAUUAAGAAUCAAAGAGAGCUAUAAGGAGACAUACACAUAAUGAAAAACUUUUGUGGGU